GAAAAAGGCAUCUGUUUGCAUCAAGACGUGUUCCUCGGAGAGAUAUUUAUUCAAAAGAAAGGGAACCGAAAAGACAAAGAGCGCAAGUGUUGUGUGUGAUGUAUUUUGUACGAUAUGUGGCACUACUGGCAAUAACAUUGUCGUCUGCGACAUUUGGCGCGGCAAUAACUUCAUUUGCAACAGACGACGAAGCUGACUAUGAGCACAGUCUUUUUUCUCAGUGGUUAGAAUAUCUCAAACAAAGAUCGAUGAUAAAAUCUGAUGACCACGAAAUAAUUGAUGACGUCACUGAAAACGAUGGCGUCAGAGAAAACCAAUCUUCGACAUAUAUUCUUCAUAAUCUUGAGAGUCCUGAAGUGAACAGAAGAGCAAACACAGAAAUGGAUAGAUUUAAUCAUGAAAAUAAAGAAAAGAGGGAUGAUUCCGCCACGACCCUCACUUCCGCCAGCGUCUAUGAUUGUAAAAGGGGCAGACAAUUCAGCGUGUGGUUUCGAAUGAUGUGCCGAAAAGUAGAUAGUACACCUGGAUAAUAAAGAAAAAAAUAUAAAGAACAGAUAAAAUACUUUGAAAUAUUAAUAAAAUACAUAUAUCUAAAACAUGAUAAGAUAACUUAUUAUACAAUAAAAAAAAAUAUUACAAAAUAUAAAAAA